AUGGAACUUGAAAAAUUUGAUGACACUGCUAAAGAUGAAUCAUGGAUGAAGGCUAUGGAAGAUGAGUUGUUAAUGAUAGAGAAAAAUGCAACAUGGGAGCUGGUGAACAGACCAACUGAUAAGCCUAUAGUUGGAGUUAAGUGGGUGUUCAAAACCAAGUUAAAUCUUGAUGGUUCAAUACAAAAGAACAAGGCAAGGCUGGUAGCUAAAGGUUACUUUCAAAAACCAAGUGUAGACUAUAAUGAGACCUUUGCACCAGUAGCUAGACUUGACACAAUCCGAACAUUAGUUGCAUUGGCAGCACAUAAGAGUUGGAAAUUGUAUCAAUUAGAUGUUAAAUCUGCUUUUCUAAAUGGUGUCCUAGAAGAUAGGGUAUAUAUAGAUCAACCAGAUGGGUUUGUGGUCAAGGGGAGUGAAGACAAGGUGUACAAGCUUCAUAAAUCUCGGUAUGGCUUAAAACAGGCACCAAGAGCUUGGUAUGGUGAAAUUGACACCUACUUUGCUCAAUGUGGAUUUGCGAAGAGUCAAAGUGAGGCCACUAUUUAUACCAAAACUAGAGGAGAAGCAGAGAUUCUGAUUGUGUCCAUAUAUGUAGAUGACAUUGUGUACACAGGGAAUAGUCAGUCAAUGCUAAAUUAUGCAGCAUCUUUGUUGAGUAAAUUUGGCUUGAGUGAGUGUAAACCUAUUUCUAUACCCUUAGUUACAACUGAAAAACUAAGGAAAGAUGAUGGCAAUGGUCCAGCAAAUGAAGAACAGUAUAGGAAGAUUGUGGGAAUUCUACUGUAUCUCACAGCCACAAGACCUGAUGUGAUGUAUGCAGCUGGUCUAUUUGCUAGAUUUAUGCAUUGUCCCACCAAUAAGCAUUAUGGGACUGCAAAACGAGUCCUCGGGUAUGUCCAAGGAACACUUGACUAUGGUUUGGAGUAUGUGAAAGGAAGGAAUGCAGUCUUUAUUGGCUACUGUGAUAGUGACUGGGGUGGUUUAGUUGAUGACAGUAAAAGCACCUCAUGGUAUGCUUUCUCUUUUGGCAGUGGAGUUUUUGCUUGGGCCUCAGUUAAACAAAACUGUGUUGUUCUCUCUAUUGCAGAGGCAGAGUAUAUCAGUGCAUCAGAGGCAACUGCACAAGCAAUUUGGCUUAGGUUUGUGUUGGAAGACUUUGGUGAAUUUCAAGCUAAGGCUACUCCACUUCAGUGUGACAAUACUACUGCAAUUGUCAUCACAAAGAAUCCUGUGUUUCACCAGAAAACCAAGCACAUUGAUCAAAGAUAUCACUUCAUCAAGGAUGCUCUACAAGAAGGAAUCAUUGAUUUGACUUACUGCCCUACAAAUGAGCAACUAGCAAAUACUUCACAAAAGCCUUCGCUAAAGAUUAAUUUUGCUACCUUAGAGAUAAGCUUGGUGUAA